AUGACACUUAACCCUCUGUACAACAAAGCCAUGAACAUUCCGGCAAGUAGGUUACCGGAGUUUCCAGAAAUUCCUGUGGCCCAACCAAAGAAACUUCUGCUGAUCAUCAUAUUAGUCAUCAUCAUCUCCCCUCAUCCAACAAACUCACAAUCCUUUUCUUCUUCUCCAGCGGAUGAUCUUUCAGAUUCACCGGAUACCGCCACAAAUUUCCAGCCAAGCUUAGCAGUUGUCAUCGGAGUUCUUGCCAUCAUGUUCGCUUUAACAUUUAUGCUCUUGGUUUACGCAAAAUGUUGUCACAGACCGUCGUCUCUUCGGUACUUGAAUCAAGAAAACUUGGGUGAGUUACCUCGACCACUCUCCAGGGUUUCCGGCAUCGAUAAAACUGUGAUCCAAUCACUGCCGUUUUUCCGGUUUUCUACCUUAAAAGGAUGGAGAAACGGCUUGGAAUGUUCUAUCUGUUUGUCAAAAUUUGAAGACAUAGAGAUUCUUAGAUUGUUGCCCAAAUGCAAACACGCGUUUCAUAUCGAUUGUGUGGAUCAAUGGCUCGAGCAACACUCUGGGUGUCCACUUUGUAGGUGUAAAGUUAAGCGAAGAGGAUGCAAUGCUUUUUGCAAAUUCGAGUAG